CGUGACAGCGCUCUUCUUUCAUUUCCAGCUUUGCGAGAUCUCCAUUUUCUUCGGGCCGACGCAAAGGAAAAGGGUAUUAAAGACGAGGAAAAAUGAAUGAAGAAUACGACGUUAUCGUGCUGGGAACUGGACUAACGGAAUGCAUCCUGUCUGGGAUCAUGUCCGUGAAGGGGAAGAAGGUGUUACACAUGGACAGGAACUCAUACUAUGGAGGGGAGAGUGCCUCCAUCACCCCUCUGGAGGAUUUGUACAAGCGCUUUAGCCUUCCAGGCAGCCCUCCUGAAUCCAUGGGAAAGGGUCGCGAUUGGAACGUGGACCUUAUUCCCAAGUUUCUAAUGGCCAAUGGUCAGCUGGUCCGUAUGCUGUUGAUCACAGAGGUGACACGUUACCUGGACUUUAAAGUAAUCGAGGGCAGUUUUGUCUACAAAAAGGGCAGUAUCUACAAAGUGCCCUCUACUGAGACUGAAGCACUGGCAUCCAGCCUCAUGGGACUUUUUGAGAAGAGACGGUUCAGGAAGUUCCUCGUGUUUGUUGCCAACUUUGAUGAAAAUGACCCAAAGACCUUGGAGGGAGUGGACCCUAAAAAAACCACCAUGCGGGAUGUGUACAAAAAGUUUGACCUCGGACAGGAUGUCGUCGACUUUACCGGCCACGCUCUCGCACUCUACCGCACAGAUGACUACCUGGAUCAGCCCUGCAUGGAUACGAUAAACAGGAUUAAGUUAUACAGCGAGUCUUUGGCACGGUAUGGGAAGAGUCCAUAUCUGUACCCUCUCUAUGGUCUGGGAGAGCUGCCCCAAGGCUUUGCCAGAUUAAGUGCCAUUUAUGGAGGAACCUACAUGUUGAACAAGCCCAUUGAGGAGAUUGUCGUAGAGAAUGGCAAAGUGGUGGGCGUCAAAUCUGAGGGGGAGAUUGCACGCUGUAAGCAGCUGAUUUGCGACCCCAGCUAUGUCAUGAACCAAGUCAACAAGGUGGGCCAGGUGAUCCGGGUUAUCUGCAUCAUGAGCCACCCCAUCAAAAACACCAGCGACGCCAACUCCUGCCAGAUAAUCAUCCCUCAGAACCAGGUCAACCGGAAGCAUGAUAUAUAUGUGUGCAUGAUCUCCUACGCACACAACGUGGCAGCACAGGGUAAAUAUGUGGCCAUCGUCAGCACUACUGUGGAAACCAACGACCCUGAGAAAGAGAUCAAACCAGCCCUGGACCUUUUGGAACCAGUUGAGCAAAAGUUUGUGAGCAUUAGCGAUCUGUAUGCACCAACUGACUUGGGAGCUGACAGCCAGAUCUUCAUCUCUCGCUCCUAUGAUGCCACAACCCACUUUGAGACAACCUGCGACGACAUUAAAGACAUCUACAAGCGAAUGACCGGCACAGAGUUUGACUUCGCCGAAAUGGAACGCAAGAAGAACGACAUCUUUGGAGAUGCUGCCGACCAGUAAACUAGUUCCAGCUGCUCUUGAAUAUCGGAUAUUCAGACGAUCAUAAUCUUAACAUAAAAAAAAAAAACAAAAAAAAAAAAACAAUGGCAACCAAAUUGGGCAAGCUGGCUGUCUUAAGUGUAUGUUUUGCCCAUAAUGGAAUUUCAUGUAAACAGUUAAAAAUUUAGCAUUUUCGGGGGAAAAGGUUCUGCAAGUCUGCUUUUUAUAAUCAGGAAACUAGAUACAUUUUGCACUGAUUGUUUAUCAACGCCCUGUAUUCAGUUACCAUCAUGUGGUCUUUAUUUCAACCUGCUUAGACAUGGGGUGUGUAAAGUCCAAAAAUGCCAAAUGAUCAGAUGUAUUCAAGUGAUAUGAAGAAAUGCAUAUUUUUAAAAUGACUGGUGUGGGCUGUAAAGGUAACCUUCCAAAUACAGAGGGGGAUCAGGUUUGCAAAAUUGUAAAAUGAUCUGUUGAGUUUGGGCAGGUUAACAGAACAUGUUUUCCUCAUUAUUUUUAGAAGAAACUAUCUACUACCAAGACAACUUCCAGGGAGUCAUUGUUCUAUUUUCCUACAAACUACAACUGGUGUUUAAACUAGUUCAGAAUCUUUUGUUGGAAAUAUCUCCAAUUUCUACGUUUACAGAUCGAAGGGAAGUAUCAAGCACACAGUGUAGAUAAUCUUUUGUGUAAUUGGUGUCCAACCAGGCAGUAUUCGUUUUGCAAUAUGCUAAUGUAAAGCUACAUUCAUUUGGCCUAACUGACCCCCUAUUAGCUGUAAAUUGUGCUAAUUGUUGGAAUGGUGGGGUGCUUUGGUGGUGUUUCCCUUCAGCUUUGCAUCUCUUUUCUGAUUGGUUAUGCAUAAUUCUAAGGCCACUAAACAGGGAGGCUAUCACAUGUCAAUGGGAAAAGCUGCUUGUUAGGGGAGCUCUCCUCUCUCAUCUCAGAGCAGAGAGAGGAGCAAGCAGUAGUUGCUGAGUUCUCCUCAGCAGCUUUGAUGUGUUAAGAAAGGACCAAAAUGUCUAAGGCAGUAUUGACAUGACCGGGGCCCUGUGCAAAUUGUCACCAAUGUUUUAAACAAAUGCUGAACGAAUGGGGCUCAAAUGAUUUCUGUACUGCGAAGUAAAAAUGUUAACUUGUGGAAAACUGA